GCGGGCGAGCUGGCGGACGAGCUUGGCAGCGUCGACGCGGAGGCAGAGGCACUGCCCCGCAGCGGGAUGAGCCCGCCGCCGCGGGCGCCGCUGCUGCGGCCGCCAGUGGUGGUGCCGCCCCCGCGGAUGCGCGGGCCGCCGAAGCCGCCCCUGUUGGAGGCCCCCGCUGGCGUCGUGGUCCCGCCCCGGGAACCCGCCGCCGCCGCGGAGACCGGUCCGCCCGGGGAGGGCGCGGAGGCCGCCGAGGACGGCGAGGGCGGCGCCGCAGAGGGCGCCGAGGCGGGCGCCGCCCAGGAG